CAGCACACAGUCUUGAAGAACCGUGCAUAGUUCACCGACGGGCAAAAGUACAGCAAAGAUGAUCCGGACAGCUGUGUUGGGCGUGAUUGUGGCUCUGGCGUGCUCUGCCGUGGCUCUUCCCGAUUAUGGCGCCUCCCCUGGCUACAUCAAGGUGGAGCUGUCCUCCUCGUACGGCCCCCCACCCAAGGAGGAGGCGUGCUACCCCAAGUACGUGACGAAGACGAUGACCAAGGACGUGCAGGGAACCCAGGCCCACUACGCCACCGUGACCAAGGAGGUCCCCACCACCAACUACGCCUACAUCACCGAGACCCUGGUGGCGCCCAAGACCAUCAUCCAGUACUCGACGAUGACGGCGUACGCUGAGCCUGCCAUCCUCACCGAGACCAAGAUCCUGUACGACACCAAGAUGGUCACCGUCCCCGUCUACAUGACCGAGUCCGCCUACGGCUACAACACCGCCAAGCAGUACUUCACGGAGACCACCGCCGUGUACGUGACCAACACCGAGACCCAGAGCUACCCCAUGACCAACUUCGUCACCAACACCGGUUAUGAGACCAAGGCCUACUACGUCACCCAGACCAAGGUCCAGCAACAGUACGUCACCAUGACUGUCAAGAACCCCUACUACGUCACCCAGUACGAGACUCAGGUCAAGCAGGAGUACGUCUACAACACCGUCACCCAGUCCGUCAACGAGUACGUCACCAUGACCGUGUACCAGACCGUGCCCGAGUACCACACCGUCACCAAGUGCUCCUCCACCAUGAUGUACGGAUACGGUUACUAGACCCGGCGCCCCCGAGCCGCCCUCACGCCCCCAGCCCCGGACAUCUGCUGUACGCCCGCCGCCCGCCUCACUGCGGCCCGCCACCGCGAGGUUCUGCUGGCAGCAACCUCGCGGGCGGCACUAACAUCGCCCAGCGCGGCCCCGCAGUGAGCGCUCGUGUGGCCCGGACCGCCCAUCCGGGCCGCACACGGACCAGAACAUCGGUCCUUUGUAAAUAUCUAUUUUUUUUUUGCCCAUUUUGAUAUCACUUGUGUAAAUAUAUUAUAAAAAAAAAAAA